GAUAUUUCGAUUUAGUUACUCUAAUGGAACAUUGACAGCCUCACCACGACUGACUAAGAUUUACACUAUCUGUGUUAUUUUUAUUACAAUAAUCCCCAAUACAUUUGAGAUGGUAGAGCUUAUCCAAACACCAUAUUAUGUCUUCAAAGGAGUGAAGUUACAAUUUUUAAGCGCGCUACCCUAUAUAUUUGUAACAGGUUAGUUCAUUACAUCUUUGAUUGUUCCGUUUCUAUUUUCAAAACAAAAUAUUAUAUUUAUAAAAACUCUAUUGGGCAUUACUGAAGACUUUUAUUCUAAAUGUAAACGUAAAACUAUCAUUAAUAUCUGUAUCAUUGUGAUUUCUGUUGUCUUAAGUAAUACAUCAUACGAAUUUUAUGUCAACUAAGGGUUAACAGUUGCAUUAUUGUGCAUGGCAGUAAUUGCGUUGGCACAGAAAGUACAGUUGGUAUUCUUCUCCACUUACAUUAAUAUGAUAAGAGAGAGAUUAAAUGUAUUGAAUAAUCAUUUACGAAAUGUCACCCUUAAAGAAAACAGCAUAGUUUCAAAGAAGACUUCAAAAUUGUAUUACACUGGGUGUAAAGUUGAAAAUAUGUCAAUAAAAUCAUUAUCAAUCGCUUACAGUUUGAUGGGGAUUAUGCUAGAAACGACCAACAAAAUUUUCGAAAUUAACAUUUUCCUAACGCUGAUUUCAACAUUUUUUUACAUAGUAAUUGAUAUAUGGGCUUUUAUAAAUUACUAUAGAAUGUUAAAAGAUUCGACAUUUUUAGUAAGUAAAGUAUUUUGGUGUAUCGGUGAACUAUGUUUUCUUGCUCUCAUAUGCCACGUCUGCGAAAAAGUUCUUAAUAAACGUAAUGAAACUAAGAUUCUUGUAAAUGAAAUUGUAAUGAAUUACAACUUCUCAACCGAAACUAGGGGCCAAGCUAAAACAUUACUUGUAGUAGUGAAUGCUUGGAAAUUUAAUAUAAUCGCUAAUGGAAUGUUUGAAAUUAACAUUACACUCCUAUUGAAGUUAGUUAGUGUUGCCACUACUUACAUAAUAUUUCUUUUGCAAGUGUCGCAAUUCGUUUAGCAUCUUAGAUCUUUGCAAAAGAUAUCCUUUGUAAUUUGUAAAUGUGUAUCAGUAAGUCAAAGUAAAACUUAAAUUUACUAUUUCUGCCGCUUCUUGCUUCUGCUGAGUAGUUGAGUCACAGGUCUUUACUAACUAAUUAUAUUAAUAUAAUGAACAACUUGUAUUAGUAACAUAUUCGUAUAAACAAUUGUUAAGUUACUUGCGUGUGUAUUAUUCAUGAAAGCACAUUGUGGCUUGAAAUUGGCAAUUAAA